GUUGGCGGAAGCGGCGCUCCAAGAUGGCGCUGGCCGAAGCGAGUUCCCGGUUUCCUGAGGGGCCGCCUGCCGCUGAGCGGCUCGACCCGCUUUCCCGCUUCACCUGCCCGGUCUGCUUGGAGGUCUACGAGAACCCCGUGCGGGCGCCUUGCGGCCAUGUCUUCUGUAUGCCGUGCAUUCAGGAAUGUCUUAAGCCGAAAAAGCCAGUUUGUGGAGUUUGCCGCAGUACCCUGUCUAAUGGCAGCAGAGCUUUGGACUUGGAAAAGCAAAUCGAAAUGACAGAGACCACUUGCAAUGGCUGCAGUAAAAAAAUGUACCUCUCGAAGCUCCGCGGUCAUGUGGCCUCUUGCUUGAAAUACCAGAAUUACAUAAUGGAAGGUGUCAGAGCUGUGACUAAAGAUCCACCACAGGAUACAAGGAAUGUUCCGAAUAGGUUUACAUUUCCAUGCCCUUACUGCAAUGAAAGAAACUUGGACCAGGAAGGGCUGGUAGAACAUUGCCGAAAGUAUCACAGCAUGGAUACAAAGCGAGUGGUAUGUCCGAUUUGUGCAUCAAUGCCGUGGGGUGACCCAAGCUAUAGAAGUGCUAAUUUCAUGGAGCAUCUUCAACGACGGCAUCGGUUUUCUUAUGAUACUUUUGUGGAUUAUGAUGCUGACGAAGAUGACAUGAUUGCCCAAGUUAUGAUGCGUUCUUUGAGGGAUCAAUGAAAAACAGGAAAUGAACUGUUAAUAUUUGGCUUCCAUUAGGGGAAAAUA